CCCCUUCCAACCCUCACAGCCACCCCCAACCCCAUACCGCUCUUAUCCAGACCCUUUUCUUCCUCGGCGAGCUAUUGCAGGGUGGAGGGUUAGGAGUAACCGGCGAUUAAUCUACACGGCAGCGGCUCCGGUCGGGCGGCGACGUCGGCCUUCCCCCAGACAAAAGAACAUGUCAGAUGCAGAUAGCUGUGAAACGGAGACGGCCGACCCCAACUUACAGAUACCUGCCAACAUACGCAACGAUGAUUCAGCAGAGAGUGGCAACUGUCCAGCCCCAACAUCUCGCAUAUCUGUCAAGCAUGUUGUCGAAGUUGUCAACACGUUCAGUGAGUUCAAGAGAUUCCUUGUUACGAGCAUCGGUUUUGGCGGCAUGCUCGAGCUCUAGAUGCUGCACAAACUCAAUUUGAAAUUCAGCGCUUGGACAAUGAGCAAAGUCAGCACAUCCCGGCGCACUAUCAUUCUGGCGAAGAACAAGGUACUCAAGUUUUGGCCGGAGGACGUUCACAAAGUUUUUGGUAUCCCAUGCGGACAUCACAAUAUUAAGGGACGAGAUGGCCACAUAAAGCCGGAGGCGAUCAAGUUCAUAAAGUCCACGUUAGGAAUGGAUCGCAAAGGAGUACACGGCCUCUCUGCAGCUGAAAAUUUUCUCAUGAGAAACAUCACUGAAUCAUCGAGAAAAAUUGAGAAGGACUGCUUUCAAAUUGCAUUUGUUAUUUUCAUCAUGGGCCACGUGCUAGCACCAACUACAAAGCAUGAUUAUGCAACUAUUGAUUUCUGGGGGGCAUUGGCCAAUACAGAGACGAUAGAGUAGUUUAACUAGUGCGAGUACGUCAUUCAGUGUAUGCUUGCUGGUGUGACGAGGUUGAAGAAUGAUAUCCGUUCUGGGAACCCUGUGACCAACUUGGUUGGGUGCCACCUAUGGCUGCAGGUUGACCCAACUUUUUCUUUCCUGCCACAUAUAUUCCUAUUCGACAAUCUCGGCCUUGGGAUAUACAACAAGCAACAUGGUUCGCUACCAAGGGUAAAGUACUUUGACCAAGCUUCAGCCCGGGGGAUGAUAAUAAUGGCUACUGACGUGGGGAAGCCGGUCACAUCAUAUGCCAGCGCUCCGAUACGCCAUCACUCGACUGUGUGCUAUGCUCGUUCGAAGCACUCUCAUGAUGACCAGUCUGCUUCAAGGAAUACGGCAGACCACCCUCAUGAGCAAAGCUUAUCUUGCGGAUGUAGCACAAGUAAGACUUCUCGAAUGGCUGACGACAGUGGAACGCCCGCUCGCCGGAUGAUUGAUGAAUUGACGCCAACAACUAUACGUCUAUUGGGGCCAACGGAUUUCUGCAACUACCUACGCAGCCAAUACCCAGACCUGGCGAGCGAUGAAACCACACUGUUGCUUAAGGAGAUAAAUGCAUGCUGUCUAUCACACCUGUCGACUGCACGAGGCCAGAUCCAGCUCGAAUUGAUGAAAUUCGCUGACAAGAUAAUAGAUGCCCGCAACCGAACGUGCACAUGUUGUGCAGCCCGUGGCUUUGCUGAAUGCCCACCAAAACUUUCCACCGCCAUGGACGAGGGCGACAUCACAAUGUCGACGACCAAUGUAAGUGUGGGUCACCGUCUCCGCCCCACCUCUUUCGCAGGCAAUACCUCCACAAGAAAACGUACCAGAACGGGUCGCAUACCACAACUCAGUACUUCGACGGCACAUAUUUUGCACAUGGUGUCCCAGUUUGCAAGGAAUAAUGUGCGUGCGAUCAGCCAACUGUACAUCGACCUCCCAAACGAUGGUAGCACAACUGUUUUCGGGGAGAGGCGUUUUGACCUUCCUGGCAGGAAGUACGUAACUCGCCCUGGCUUCCAGACCAAUCCUUGGGGCAGAGGAGUCGCCCCGUACCCUCCACAACCUGGAGUCGCUGAGCUAAUUGAGCAGUUCUUUAUGUCUGCAACCCACAGCGAGCUAGCCAGGAAUUAUCUUGUACAUGACGAGCCAAGGUUUAUUAGGAUCACCGAGAUUGACAUAAGGGAUCAGCUUGCCAGUAAGAAAGAAAUUAGUCACGAGCUCAUGUCACUGCUGCUGUGUCGUUAUGCACAGCUUGAUGAUAAAGCUGAAAAUCUGCCCCCCUACCUGUGCUGGAGACACCAAACUGAACCGGAUUUUUUGACGCUGAUGUUAUCUGACUCUGAUUUCCUGCACACCUUAUCAAUCGAGAAGCAAUUAUCUGCUGAUUUCGUGAAGCAUGACAUACAUCCUUCCAAAUGUUUUUCUCACCCGUCCCACGUCCUGAAGGCUGGAUGGUUCUAGCAUGGGACAUGCAACUCAAAGUAAUAAAUUUACUCGACCCGCUAUACCAUAAAUCUUUAGGAAGUCUGCCAUACAAGGAUCGCGACCAAGACAUGGCAUGGAAGCUGCACAACGCCCUGUAUGCAUGCCUAAACGAAUUCUAUGCUGGAUGGCCCUCAGCGAAGGAAAAUUGGAGUCUGAGACACGAACCCAUGUCGGAUGUUCAGUUCAACGCAACUGAAUCAGGAGUAUGCGCCAUCCACAUUCUUCGUCAUUUCGAUGGUGAUAAGCUAAAACUGCCACUUACGCAGGAAAACGUUUUCAAAACCAAGGACACGUUGCACGAAUACUUGAAACUUCAGGGUAACUUCUCCGAACUCGCUCACCAGGUAUUAUGAAAGGUUUUAACUCCACCCGACUCUGACUUCGACAACUAGGGAACCAGGACAUGUAUCUCUUUCGGUCGGUUGGGGCGGGGGGGUGGCUGGGGGUGGGGUUGGGGCCUAUGCCCUUAGCUCCAUGAUGUCCCUUUUUGCCCCUUGUAUCGCAGUUCCCAUUUACAAAGACUAGAUUAAAAAUGUCAGGGCUAUGCCCUUUUAGCUCAAUGAUGUCUCUUUUUCUGUACCAGACCUAUCUUCAUCCACAUGUAACUCGACUUCGUAUGAUUUUCAGUUUACGAAACAUG